AUGGCCGACAAGCAAGAAGUAAUCGUUGAAGACAGCGCUUCUAGCAAGUAUGAUGGUAAAAGAUAUCCUGUCAAGUGGUAUCGAUCCACAUUCUACAAUGCCUUCAUUCUUGGAUUGGCCAAUUUUUCGGCUCCGGGAAUUUGGGGUGCAAUGAACUCACUGGGUGCUGGAGGACAAGCAAGUCCACACUUGGUUAACGCGGCAAAUGCGUUGACUUUCUGCCUGAUGGUCGUCUCUUGCUAUUUUUCUAGUGCUUUGGUGCGCCUGAUCGGAAUCAAAUGGGCAUUGAUCAUCGGCACGAUCGGUUACGCACCAUACGCAGCUGGAUUGUAUACCAACAAUCGCUUCGGAAAUGAAUGGCUCGUCUUACUAGGCGCUGCGCUUUGCGGUAUUUCAGCUGGAAUCUUCUGGAUGGCUGAGGCUGCCAUCGCACUGGCAUAUCCUGAACCGUACAAUCAAGGGAAAUUCCUGGGUUUCUGGCUGAGCUUCCGUCUAGCUGGUCAGAUCCUCGGUGGUGCAAUCAAUGUCGGCAUCAAUGCGAAUAAUUCGAAAGCAGGCAAGGUAUCUUACAACGUCUAUCUGGUUUUCAUCGCCCUGCAAGCCAUCGGACCAUUUGUGGCACUCCUUAUCAACAAACCGGAACAAGUCCAACGUACUGAUGGUCGCAAAGUCGAACUCCAAAUCAUUGAACACCCAUGGUUUGAGAUCAAAGCGACGACGAAGCUCUUCUUCUCCAAGCGAUUCCUAUUGAUCGUCCCGUUCAUCGGUCAAGCAGUCUACACCGAAGCAGUCAUGUUCACAUUCUCUGCCUUGUGGUUUUCAGUCCGUGCCCGCUCCCUAGGGUCUUUCGUGUCGGGAAUCGUCGCUGUCAUUGCAGGCAAUCUCCUCGGGUACUUCCUCGAUCGGAAGCGUAUCGCACUGAGGAAUCGCGCACGCUGGUCCUUCUGGGCACUCAGCACCCUCCAACUCGCCCUGUGGAUCUGGUCGACCGUCCUCGUCACACGUUUCCGCAAAACACGACCUACCUAUGACUGGGCCGACGGUACCAACGGCUUCGCAUCGCCCUUCACGCUCUUCCUGUUCCUCGUGCUCGGCUUCCAGUCCAACUACCUGUACCUCUACUUCGUGAUCGGACAACUCACAACCACACCGCAAGAGACCAUCCGUCUGGCCGCCCUACUCAGAGGCACCGAGUCCGCAUGGCAGGCAUUGAGCUACGGUCUGAAUUCCAUCGCCGUCUUCGGCGAAGUCGGCGGCGUGUACCUGAACUUCUCACUGUGGGCUCUGGCGCUCGUGCCGGCGUGGCUAGUCAUUGGCAAGUUCGGUACCAAUGCACAAGACAACGAGAGACGUGCUUCAACCGGCGUCUUUGGCGCACCUGUUCCCCCUGCUGCGCCUGGUUCUGCGUCAUACGAAGAGGAGGUAGAUUUGGAGGCCAAAACCCAACGCCUAUAG